AUGUUUGUUUCAACAUUACCGUAUCGUGUUGAACUUGAUCCCAAUUGGUCAUUUGAUGAAGCAGUUAAAAAUGUACGAGAAAAAUGUUUAUCAAUUCUUGAACAUUCUCAUUAUCCAUUACAACAUAUUCUUGCUGAUAAUCGAUUAACUCAAUCGAAUGUAUCAUUUCUUCAGACAAUGUUUGAUUUUAUUAAUGUGUCGAAAGAUGUCGAACAUUUAUGUUUGAAUGACGCAAAUUUAGAACAAAUAUCACUAGAACAAUCACUUGAAAUGUCUAAAUUUGACUUCUCAUUGAUAUUUGAAUACAAUCCAUCAUCCGAUAUCAAGAGAUUAUCAUGUCAGUUUGUUUGUUCGCGUGAUCUGUUUGAACACUCAGCUAUUUCAAAAAUAGCUCAAAGAUUUCAGUAUAUGUUUGAAAAACUGUUUCAAACGCAACCGAGCAACAUUCCUGUGAUGAAUGUGAGUUCAUCGAUUAACAGAGUCUCUCUUAUACUUCCUGAAGAAGCUGAAGAAAUUGAUUUGGUCGUAUUUCAUCGAUUGGAAAAUAUUGUGAAUGAAGCGCCAGCAUCAUUUGCACAAGAUCGUCUUUGUCUUAAUGAACGUAUUCAUUUCCUUUCGAACAAAACAGACGUAGCAAUUUACAAUAUGCCUUUUGUUUAUCGCCUCCACUCACAUCAUACUUUAUCAGUACAACACCUUCGUCAUGCUCUUCAGUUAAUCGUCACAAAACAUCAAUCUCUUCGAACAUCACUCACAUUUGAUACAGAGAGCAAUCGACUCAUCCAACAUAUCAUUGAUAUGAAUGAUAAUAAUAGACAACUAAUUACAUUUAUUGAAAGCACUUAUGAAACAGAUGAACAGCUGAAUGAAAUUUUACACGACGAGAGACGUAAUCCUCAUCUUUUUGAUCUUGCACAAGGUCUUGUCUUUCGAUGUCAUGUCAUUUAUCAUGAACAAAUCUCUUCAAAUCAUAUUCUCUCUGAUAAAGAUGUACUCAUUUUCAAUUUUCAUCAUGCUCUAUUUGAUUUUCCAUCCAUGAAUAUCUUUCUUCAUGAUCUCAAUCAAGCAUAUACAACAGGCCAAUUAUUAUAUGAUGACAACACUACUCUACGUUAUCUUGAUUGUAAAUAUUAA